UGAUUAUGUAAUUCAAGUAUACUGCCGUCCAAAUCCCUUGACGAAAUAGCAACUUUGGAUAUCACUGAACCACCAGAGCUCAUCACGAGCAUGUAUACAAGAUGCCGAAUCUGACCGAUGAUAGGUGGCUUUGGCUAGGUCUUGGCGUUCUUUCAUUCUUUGCCAUCCGUGCCGUUAGCAGUCAGCUCGGUAUAGUGCAGCGAUUGACAGGGGUUAGCAGUGAGCAAAGACCGCCUCAUGUCAUCUGCCAAGAUACAGAAGAUGGUAAUUUUGAAGGUUUUCCAAAUGGCUUCUUUCUUCUGACAAUUUCAGCACUCAACCUGGAUACUUUACAAAAGCUCACGGAGGGGUCGAGCUAUGACCUGAGGGGCGCAGCUCUCAAGAUAAUAUGCGAAAGAGCUGUGCGCAGUCCUUCUUUUGAUCAAUUGCUAGAUGAUCUAGCCGGUCCUGGCCCCGAACUGCGCGACCGAGCAUUGACAGCCUUGAAAUUCCUCUGUGAAAGCCCCGUGCGAUCGCAAAUAACUACACUUGCAACAUUCACAGCAUUAAUCACCUGUUUAUGCAAUCUCCUUCCGCACCCUGCGCCUACGCCCGCAAACCCGCGGUCGCCUACUGAGCGAGCCGCGAUGAGCGUCCUCGUGCGCUUACUCCCACAGAAUACAUCUGAUGCGAUCCGUGCAGGGCUGGUCAAGCGAUGGCUAGUAAAAUAUCCUCUUGGACACACUGAGGGCCAGAAACGACUUGCAAUCCAGCAGUUGAAAACCUGGAGUACAGAUGAUUUCCUUCUCUCGGAGAUCAUCUGCAUGAUUGACAAUACUCCAGAAGGUCGAAAACAGAUGAGGCAGGCUGGUCUGAUGGGUUCAGCAAUGGGCGAAGACGAGGACGUUAUUGACACUUGGAUGAUAGGUGGGGAAGACACUGCCGGAGAUGCUGUUAGUAUUUCACUUGCGCGCAGCAAUCGGCGCGUUCGAGAGGAGAGCGCAGAGGAGCAAGCUUUGCGUCGGAGAAGGAGAGAGGCCAUGGUCCUUAGCGAAGGUGGGCGGCCCUUGGGGAGGGAAGACAUUAUCCAGCGAGAAGAUAUUGCUACUUCAGAUGAGGUUGAAAGACAACUGGAGAGCUUGAUGGAGGAGGUAAAUCGUGAGGAUGAAGGCUUGGCCUAGCCCGAAGCUUCAUCUAGUACGCUUGUGGACGCUUCAGGCACGUGUUUGUUUAUUGAGAGUUUCGAAUGUUGCGAACCAAAAAUUCUUCAUGGUCGCAGAUCCCUUGCUCGCUCUUAUCCUAUAGCGCUCUUCUAUUUUCUUGCAUGUUUGGCGUAUAUGGGCGUUGCGAGAAAAUGCUUCACGGUUGGCCACCUAUUAGACACGAUAAUCAUGAUGAAAACAACUUAGGUAGCUAUUAUAUUAUUUCAAAGCUC